UUUGAACGUUACGCGGCGCUCCCCACCCGAACCCCUCCCGCUCCACGCCUCCUCAAAUAGCCGUUGCCUCCCAACUAGCCGUUGCGCCUUCCCUUCCCUCUUCCGUCUCCAACCCCGCGGCCGACUACCCCUCUCUCUCCGCUCCUCUCCUCUCUCUCCUCGCUUGGUGAUUGACUCAUGGAGGCGGCCAUCCUCGAUGCGCGGAGCCCGCCCCCAGCAGCAGAGCCCGCGGUUAAGAAGGCGCGGGAGCCAGCCUCGAUGCCCAAGCCCAGAUGCGCCGCCGCCGCGAGGAGGAAGACGCUAGGAGACAUCACCAACCUAAGGAGGCGCGCGCCGGACGAGGAGCCGGACGAGUCGACGUGCGCGGCGGCGGAUGGAGCGGAGGGAGAUGUCGGGCAGCUGGUCAAGGAGAACGCGGAUCUUGUGAAGCUCCUCGAGGAGAGGGACGAUAUCAUACAGUUGAGCGGGACUGAGAUAGAGAAGCUGCGGCUCGCCAAUUGGGAGCUUGCCCGGGCAAAUUCUCAGAUGAUGGCAGAGCUUAAUCUUGGAAGAAACAAGCUGAAAGCGUUGCAGCAUGAACUUGCGUGCUCAAGAGCCACCCUUAAAGCAAAAACAUCGGAAUUGGAGGAUGCAAAGAAGGCGAUGAAGCGGCGCAACGCACACCCACAGCAUUUGGGCUCUGACAUAUCUGCACAGAUCAAGGAUGAUGGGGGUGUCGUUGAUCCAGAGCCCGCUUCAGGCGCGUCGCAUGCCGGAAGCAUCCAGAUGCCCAGGAACGCCAGCAGGAAACGGAUGCUGAGAUCUCGAUCUCUAGGACCAGUGGCGUCGACGAAACUAGCGUUGCCGAAGGAGAAGGAGACCGCACAGAGAAGGAAGUCCAUGAGAAUACCGCAGCCAAGCGACCGCAAGGACCUGUUCGAGUUAGAGGGCGUUCAGCUCGCCAUUGGCAGCUGCAAUAUCGAUCCCAAGAGUGCUUCUGGCAGUGAGAGGCCUGGGCAAGCACCGGCUCAGUUCCUGCGCAGAUCGUCUCUCGGAAGGCCGCUCCGGCAGGCCAGGGAAAGAGUCAGCACCUACAAGGAGGUGCCUCUCAACAUUAAGCUCCGGAGGUCAUAGAGAGUGUCAAUUUAGAUUGCGAGUUGCAACAAUUCUUUGCUGUCUUCUGAGGCUGCAGAAGUACGAAAUCUCGAUGUGUGUUCGUUCGGUUUGUGUUCUGAUGCGUUGUUGCUGGUGAAGGGUGCAGUGUAUGGGAAUUACACGAGAUUUAGUCAUUUUGAUA